AUGUCUGAAUCUGUUAUUCUCGUUACUGGUGGCUCUGGUCUUGUUGGCAAGGCUAUCGAAUGGGUUAUUGAAAACGACAAGUCUGAACGUUAUGGCAAGCGCCCUGGCGAAAAGUGGAUCUUUUUGACAUCCAAGGACGGCGAUCUCAGAAAGGCUGAGGAUACUAAGGCUAUCUUUGAAAAGUACAAGCCUACUCACGUCAUCCAUCUUGCUGCUAUGGUGGGUGGUCUCUUCAAGAACAUGAAGUACAAGCUCGACUUUUUGCGUGAAAACAUGCUUAUCAACGAUAACGUUCUCGAGACAUCCAAGCAAUACAACGUCAAGAAGGUCGUGUCUUGUUUGUCGACUUGCAUUUUCCCCGAUAAGACCACUUAUCCUAUCGAUGAAACCAUGGUCCACAAUGGCCCUCCUCACGAAUCUAACUUUGGCUAUGCUUAUGGCAAGCGUAUGAUUGAUGUUCAAAACCGUGCUUAUCAUGACCAAUAUGGCUGCAACUUCACUUCAGUCAUUCCUACCAACGUCUUUGGUCCCCAUGAUAACUAUUCGCUCGAGGACUCUCACGUCUUGCCUGGUUUGACCCACAAGUGCUACUUGGCUCAAAAGAAUGGCACUCCCUUCGUUGUUAGUGGCACUGGUAAGCCCCUUCGUCAAUUCAUCUAUUCUCGUGAUCUUGCCAAGCUCUUCAUUUGGACUUUGCGUGAAUACCAAGAAAUUGAUCCCAUCAUCUUGUCUGUUGGUGAGAAGGAUGAGGUUUCUAUCAAGGAUGUUGCUGACGCCAUUGUCAAGGCACUCAAGUUCGAGGGUGAUUACUCGUUCGAUACCUCUCGUGCCGAUGGCCAAUACAAGAAGACUGCCAGCAACGAGAAGCUCAUGAAGUACAUUCCUGAUUUCGAGUUUACUCCUUUCGAGCAAGCUGUGCAAGAAUCCGUUGACUGGUUUGUUGCCAACUAUGACACUUGCCGCAAGUAA